UCUCCACAAUGCACCCUAAGACUAACCUACGACGCGAACUAUCCGGUUCACAGUAUCACCUACAUUUGUGCAACGACAGUCAUCGCCAUCAAUUCAAUCGCGACGCACACGAGCGGACGCAUGGUUGCACGCUUCUAUGCCUUUAGCCUGGCGCGAGUGAAGCCUAGGACUCCUUUCACAAGAUGCGUCUACUAGAGAUUCGACAGGACGGUACACUCGGCCUCACAGGGAACUUUAUGAAGGAUGAAGAGGUGCCUGCUUAUGCUAUACUUUCACACACCUGGGUCGCCGGCAAAGAGGUGACUUUUGAUGAAUUUAUCGCGGACGAAGGACAUGAGGCUGGUUACAACAAGAUCCGCUUUUGUGCACGACAAGCUGAGCGUGAUGGCUUACGCUACUUCUGGGUGGACACAUGCUGCAUUAAUAAGGCAGAUACUGUUGAGCUCCAACAUGCGAUCAACUCCAUGUUUCGCUGGUAUCAAAAGGCAGCUAGGUGCUACGUCUUCCUGUCAGAUGUACCAACAGCUGAUCUGGAGACACCGACCUUGAAACAGGCGCUACGGAACAGUCGGUGGUUCACUCGAGGCUGGACCCUCCAAGAGCUGCUUGCCCCGCAGGUCGUAAGCUUCUUCUCUAAAGACGGCAAGCACCUGGGAACGCGACACGAGCUAAGGCAAGAAAUCCACGAGAUUACGAGCAUACCCGUCGCGGCUCUCACAGGGGCCUCAUUGGACAACUUCAGCAUCGAAGAGCGCCUGUCUUGGUCAGAACGCCGAUCCACUACACGCGAAGAAGAUAUGGCAUACUGCUUACUAGGCAUAUUUGGCGUCUUCACGUAUCUCAACUACGGCGAAGGACAGAAUAACGCAUUCAGAAGGCUCAAGAAGGUGAUCGAGGAAGACUUAAGGGAAUCGUCCCAAAUACUAGAGGCAAACGUGUCGCAGAGAGGACUCAGCACAUUUGACAAGCUUAGUAGUUGCAAAGCGCAUUACCACAUACCGUUCCCCAAGAACCAAUACUUUGUCGGGAGGAAAGAAGAGCUGGACCUACUCAAUCAGAAGCUGCUGGUGGAUCGAAACUGCCAGAAAAUGUCUAUCGUGGGACUUGGUGGGACAGGCAAAACACAGAUUGCCUUGCAGUUCGCAUAUGCCGUCAAAGAAUCGAUGUCGGCGGUCUCGAUCUUUUGGGUUCCAGCACUAAGCAUGGAGAGCUUUGAGCAAGCGUGUGCGAGCAUUGUAGCACUUCUCAAGAUAGGGCAGGUCGGAGCUGGCGAGGAUGACGCGAAGGAACUCCUAAGGGAGUACCUAAGCUCGGACCGCGCAGCCCGCUGGUUGCUAGUGCUUGACAACGCAGACGAUCCCGAUCUAGUAUUUGGCACAGAGCAAUCAUCAGGGAUUCUUGACUACCUCCCGGAGAGCGAAAAGGGUAUUACUCUAUUCACGACGCGCACGCAGGAAGUAGCGGUGUCACUAACACGAGGAGAUGUACUCGAACUUGGGUCCAUGAGCCGAGGAGAUGCCACACAAUUCCUGGAGAAGUCUGUAAUCAACAAAAGCCUCGUCCAAGACAGUGAAGCUGCAGGAGAGUUAUUGGAUGAGCUGGCAUGUCUGCCUCUAGCUAUCGCGCAGGCAGCAUCCUACCUGAAUAUGAACCGGACCACAAUCGUCAAGUAUCUGCAUCUAAUAAGGAGCACAGAGCAGGAUCUCUUAAGUCUAAUGAGUAAAGAGUUCCGCGAUCACACGCGCUACAAAGACUCAACGAAUGCGAUAGCCUCGACCUGGGUAGUCUCGUUCAAACAGCUCCGAGAGCGCGAUCAGCUAGCUGCAGAACUCUUGGAAUUCAUGUCUUGUGUCGAGUGGAAGGCCAUACCACGAUCGCUAUUGCCGAAAGUGCAGUCAGAGGAGCAGAUGGAGCAUGCUAUUGGCACGCUCUGCGGAUACUCCUUUGCAUCGAGGCGAAAUGACGUCAUUCUUGAGGGAGUCGAGGGGAAAGAAGAGUGGUAUGACUUGCAUCGGCUUGUGCAUCUGGCGACUAGGAUUUGGGUUCAUAAGUAUGGCGAUGCAGCACGCGUAACCGAAAGUGCUAUAGAGCAUGUUGCUGAGGUUUUCCCGACAGAUGACUUCGCUAAUCGGGCUAUCUGGAGGGCGUAUAUGCCCCAUGCGCUAAGAUUGCUAGUGACGAAGCAUUCGUGCAACGUUAAAGAUAGAGCCUGUCUAAUUCUGUGGGUAGGACGGUGCCUAAGCUUUGAUGGCAGAAUCGGAGAAGCAAUU